GGCCCUGGCGGUCGGCGCGCCCCGCGCACAAAGGCGCCCAGCCCCUGGGGAAGGCAAUGAGCGCACAGCAGCCCGGGCCCUGGCCACCGCUGCAGCCCUCCAGGCGUGUGCUCGGUGCUCUGGGGAAGAAACCGGGUGCUCCGGGGACGAGCGGCCGAGGUGAGGCCCGAGUGCCCUGAGUGCGAGAUUCGUCGCCCUCCAGGUCAGGCGCCAAGCUUUAGGGCCACCAGGGCAAGGGCUUCCGCGCCCCUCUGAGAUCAGCGUAGUCGGGCACUUCACCACUCGGGACUGGACCUCGGCGGCCACUCGCCUCUCCUGAGCGUCAACUUCUCCAAGAACGUCCCUAACUCCAGGGCACCCUGCGGAGAGAGAGGGCGCUGCCGCCGGGUACAACUGAGAGGACGCGUCGCUGACUGAGAAGCAGCAGCCAGCAUCCGCGGGGUCGCUCGGGCGCCCCUGAGUGGGCGGCAGUGGCAGCAGACCUCUCUCCCGGGAGUCCCGGACCUGCCAGCGCUGGGGAUUCCUCCCAGGCGGGCGCUCGUCUUCUCUUUUAUGGAGCUUGGGCCCUUGCCACAGCCCAGCAGAGGCUGUAGAGAACAACCGUCAGAAAGUCUGGUUCCCAGCCCCAGGGUCCAUCCCUGGAUACCAGGAGUGGAAGCUUCUGCGAGGUAGCAGUGGCCAGCAGCGGUCCCCUCCCCAUAGUGAACCAUGGGUCAGAAGCUCUCUGGGAGCCUCAAGUCUGUGGAGGUGCGAGAGCCAGCGCUUCGGCCAGCCAAGCGGGAGCUCCGAGGCUUAGAGCCUGGGCGGCCAGCACGGCUAGACCAGCUGCUAGACAUGCCUGCAGCGGGCUUGGCUGUACAGCUGAGACACGCGUGGAACCCUGAGGACCGAUCCCUCAAUGUCUUCGUAAAGGAUGACGACCGCCUCACCUUCCACCGACACCCGGUAGCCCAGAGCACAGAUGGCAUCCGAGGCAAGGUUGGCCAUGCCCGGGGUCUGCAUGCAUGGCAGAUCCAUUGGCCAGCUAGGCAGCGGGGUACCCACGCUGUGGUGGGCGUGGCCACAGCCCGUGCCCCUUUGCACUCUGUGGGUUACACCGCACUGGUAGGCAGUGACUCCGAGUCGUGGGGCUGGGACCUGGGUCGUAGCCGCCUCUACCACGACGGCAAGAACCGGCCUGGGGUGGCAUACCCUGCCUUCCUGGGGCCAGAUGAGGCCUUUGCUCUGCCGGAUUCCUUAUUGGUUGUAUUGGACAUGGAUGAGGGCACGCUCAGCUUCAUCGUGGAUGGCCAGUACUUGGGCGUGGCAUUCCGUGGCCUCAAGGGCAAGAAACUAUACCCGGUGGUGAGUGCUGUAUGGGGUCACUGCGAAGUCACCAUGCGCUACAUCAAUGGCCUUGACCCUGAGCCUCUGCCGUUGAUGGACCUAUGCCGGCGAUCCAUCCGCUCAGCCCUGGGCAGACAGCGCCUGCGGGACAUCGGCUCCCUGCCCCUGCCUCAGUCUCUUAAAAACUAUCUGCAGUACCAAUGAGCAGUGCUGAGGACCUGCUGUCACCUGUGGUCACACAGCUCCGGAGCAUUGGGAUGACAUCACUGAUUUGCUGCCAUCAACCAGGACCAGGAGGCCACCAAGGGAACCAGAGUGUAGAGACCAUUUCUUCCUCCAGAGAAUGAAUAAAACAUUCAGUAGGAGAUGGCGUCCGGUUCCCCACUGCAGACGGCUCAGGAAGAUUGGCCAGUGGAGAGAAAAUAGGUUCUGAAUAAUGAACGACGAAGUCAGGCCUUCACGCUCUCCUCCCCGCCUGCCCCUGGCCAGGGCAGAGAGACCAUCCUUCCAUAUUAAGACUCAGUACCACUUUGAGAGACGGGUCCAGGGCCCAUAGCAGGGCUAAAACGCCUGGCCUUACCUCUCUGAGCUUGGCUUCCUCAUCCCUUCCUGCCCUCUUGCCCCAUGGAUAGAGUUCUUUGGCUACCCCCCACCCCUCUAUUCAGGGACACGAAUCUGAUGACUUGCCCCGGGGACAGAGCUUAUUCUUGGCUAUGUUCAUUGUCAGUAGUGUUUGCAUUUUGAAAGAGGAGUGUGGCAAAGGUGGCUUUCUCCCAAAGGUGCUAAGGAAGAGGGGAGCCUCGUGACACCAAGUCUGAGACACCCUGAGUACCCAGGGCUCUGGUGGCCAUCAUCAGGGUGAAGCCUGGCUGUCACAAAGCUUUCUCUGAGCAAAUUAUUUUUUCACUGCAGGAGACUUCCAGUUUGUCUCUCGUUUCCAGCGCACGUGUGUGUGUGUGUGUGUGUGUGUGUGUGUGUGUGUGUGUGUGUGUGUGUACAUGUAUGUGUAUGUAUGUGUGUGUUGGUGUGUGUAUGUGUAUACAUGUGUGUGUAUGUAUAUGUGUGUGUGUUGGUGUGUAUAUGUGUGUGUGUACGUGUGUGUGUGUACGUGUGUGUGUGUGUGUGUGUGGCGCUGUUUAUUUAUCAGCUGGGGCCCCGUGGGGUGGCCUUGGGACUGCAAAGUGUCUCUGCAGUCUCUGCAGGACCUGAGACCUAUCCUCUCACAGAAUGCUGCUGCUGCUGCUGCUGCUGCCGCUGCUGCUACUGCCACCAGCGCCACCAUUUGACAUCUUUCGUGUGUUCCAGAUACCCUCCACCCAGACUCGGUUUUAACUGGAAAUCGUCACAGAGUGGGAUACAAAGCCAGACAGCAGCGCAGCCUACACUUUAAUGUGAAUGUGACCUACAAGCAAGGGACAUUUCUAAUAAAGUUUGUCAUUCUGUCCUUGA